AUGAUCUCUGACCUCCUUUGUCUUUGGACAUUCAGCAUCAAAAUUCCAAUGGAGUCAGGCCUGCAGGGUCAUGUUGUCCGUGUUAUUUUGGUUGUUGUCAUAUGUGACAAACCUGCUGCCCAUAAGAUGGGUGGUUUUGCAUCACACUCUCACAUGAAUUUUUGUAUGGCAUGUUGGAUCUCUAUCAGAGACAAAGACAAACCAGAUGCAUUUGUGGAUGGAGCUUUUAAACCAUGGACCAAUGAGGAGCAACAUCAACUUGGGGACCGGUAUCGUCUUGUCAAAACUCAUUUUUAUAAUAUCUGGGUCCAGAGCAAAAUUCUCCGACCAAAUUGCAAGCUUAACACCUUCCACAAGAUGCUUGCUGAUUUCACAGUUCCAGGUUUGUGUGGGAAAUUUCCCAUGGACAUAGGCAUGCCCUUGGGAGGAUCCCUUACCACUGAUCAAUGGCUUCUACUUGCCACUGUUUAUGGGCUGAUCAUUAAUCAUGUGGCCAUGAUCAGCAAAUUCAACACAGAACAUGAAGCACAGGCAAAGGGCAAAGCAAACGACAAGAAGGCCCUCGAAGAAGUGAGGAAGAAAGGCAAAGAUGCUUACACUGCUGAGAAAGCAAGGAUCACCCUCGAAAAACUUGCUGUCACAGAAGCCAAGAAACAGGAAAAGUUAUGCAUCACUGCUGCGAAACAAGCUGAAAAGGUUCAUCUUGCUGCAGAAAAGAAAGCCAAGGCUGUGGAGAUAAGGCUAUAUGGAUCAAGUGUAAUCAAACCUAAUCACCACUAUGCAAUGCAUGUCCUCAAGUCCUUCAAAACAAAUAAUCACACAAACAGAGAACUUGAGACUACGUUCUUUCAAGAAUUCCAGAGGGUAUCUCACAUAGGGCACCUGACUUACUCUCUUCUUUGCCACCCAAAAGACUUGCUACCUUCUGAAGUUGCAGAGAUCAUGCUCAAGGCUACAAAUGAAGAGCACAGAACUGUUGUGGGUUUGGCUGCUUUGUCUCAAGAACUGGAUGAUGUCAGUGCUGAUGUCCAUGCUUACAGUGAGGUUUUAGAAAUCUUCCAGUUCACACAGGAUUUUUAUGGAGCUGGCCAGUCAUUAUGGUUUUCUUGA